AAAUGACACAGUAGAAGCAAUCAAAACAGAAAGGCUAAAAACUGUUGCACGUCACUUACAGGCCAAGCAACAGUAAGGUGCGGCAUCCACAGAAACUUCAUCAUUUCAAGGAAUGUAAUGGAAAUGAGCAGGACAAUCACUCUACUGUUCUUGGCCUCACAUGUGUCCUUCACAGAGGCCUUGUCUGUGAGUGACCCAACGUAUUGCUAUGUUUUAGAUGUUUUCCUGCUGCUGUAUUCUAUCCUUUUUACUGCUCUCUACUUCAGAGAGAAGUUUACAAGGGAAGGGCCUGUUCCUCCAGAUCCUGCGUCACCGGCCCGUAACCCCAAUGAGCCUGUCUAUACAGACUUGGAUCUGCCUCAGAUGAGUUCCGAUUAUCAGCAACUGGAUAGACCGAUUAGAAGACGAGAGCCAGAGACACAUUAUCAGGAACUGAGACCACAUACAAGUGAUGAAUACCAGGAAAUAAGAACUAAGGGAAAAAAACCUCGCAAAGGCAAGAGCAAAUCUGAUGAGGGUCGAACAGGGAGAAACAGGGAUGCAGCCGAGGCUGUGGAGAUGGAAACUUUUCCCACUGCAACAUUACACAAUUAAUACAAUUAGCACAAGCCCAGGAGCAACUUGUAUCUGCCAACUAACAGACGAAUUGUGUAUCUUUGUUGGAUGCAUUUAUAUGUAUUGUUUUUUGCAUUUGUUACUUUGA